AUGGCUACUAUCAAAUUCACCAACAAUUACAUUAGGGUCAACUGCGACCCAACCGUCAAGUCGAUCAAUCUAUUUCUCGACGACAAGAGCGAAGAGCUGCCUAACGACGGCAAGUUUAGCUCCAAGAAGUACUCUGGCGAAUCCAAAAAGGCGAUCGUUACCUACAAGGUACCCCCACCAGCACCGACCACCUACUCGGUCGGCCAGGGCGUUUUCUUUCCUGACGGUGCUCAAGUCACUAUCACUGGAGGGGCAGACGGCACUCAGCUAGUUCAGGCUGAAGACAAGAACGGAAACAAAGGCACCUGGAUUUUGGUGGGUGCCGAUGAGAAGGACUGA